AUGAACACCGUUGUCGCCCGUCCCCACCCACCCAGUCUCCCUCAUGGAGAGAUUGAGAAGAUCUUCGAAGAUGUCUACAUGGUGACUGGCACCGUUGAAAUGAAGAUGCUGCCAUUUAUGCCCAUGACAUUUUCUCGCAACAUGCAGGUGAUUCGUAAUACUGGCGGCAGGGAUGAUGACGAAGCGGAUCUGAUCCUUGUCAACACUGUGCGUUUAGACGAUGAUGGCUUGGCGGCCUUGGAUGGAUUGGGGGCCGUGAAGCAUAUUGUUCGCUUGGCCGCAUUCCAUGGUAUGGAUGACCCCUUCUAUAAGGCGCGAUACCCACAAGCAACUGUAUGGGCAGUAGACGAUGCUCCAUAUUUCCCCAAUUUUGAAACCAAGAGCAAAGAAGUUUACUUUCAAGCGGAUAAACGGUUGGAGGCUUCCUCUGAACUUCCGGCAAUUCUUGCGGGGGUUUCUUUUGUUGUCAUUGAGUCGGAAAAACCCAAGGACGGUAUCUUGGUUUUGGAACGACCCGAAGGCAAGGUGCUCAUUACAGGAGAUUCUUUGCAGAAUAUGGAUGAGUGUGACGCUUAUUUCAACUAUCUCGGGCGGCUUUGCAUGAAGAUGAUGGGCUUCAUUAGCCCCUGUCAAGUCGGUCCUGCAUGGAAAAAAGUUGCAAAUGUCCAACCCAAAGAAAUGCGGAAGUUGCUCGACCUGCAAUUCGAUCACGUCCUUCCAGCCCAUGGUCGCCCAGUCCUGGGGCAGGCGUGGAAACGAUACGAAGCAUCCAUCUUGGGCAUGGGAGAGGAGAAUUGA